AUGGCAACGCUGGCUGUCAUCAGUUCCGCGCGAGCAAAGGUGUUGCGUGUUCGGAGCCGGGUAGACAGAUGCACACAUAGUUUUAAUGUCCUCUGGAUUAAAGAAAGCUCUUCUAUUAUUGCUUGAUUGCUUGAGUUAUAUCAAAGAUCACUGCGCACCGACAAAAUGAGUCAUCUGAACCAAGGUCUUAUUUCAGCUUACAAUAGCUUAGCUGACAAACAUCUGACCGGAUACUUCAACAAUGCAAGAAUACGAAGACAUCUUAAGAAAGUUGGGCUGAUCACUCGCAGUGGCCGGAUUGUUCCUGAUAAGGAGUACAAGCACAAGCUGAUCCAGCGAGCGCAUCAGAGACAUGUGAGGGAGUGUCUCGCUCAGGCCAUUUUUCACAAGGUGCUAGACAUGGAGCGCCUUCAUCAAACUGAGAUCAAGAGAAAACUUGAGGAAUUUGCACGGAGGGAACGAAUCUACAAAAUGAAGGCUGAGCGCACCAAGAGAUAUGAAGAUGAACCAAUGCUAAUGCUGUCACCUCGGCCACCCACAAGGCCAAAGGUCUCACACGCACAGCAUUCUGGGCCAGAGGGAGAGCAUUCUGAGUCAACAGAAUCUCCGAGUUCCUCCAGGCCAAACACGGCUCCAGGAACGAUGCAGAGGCCUGUUCGACUCAAACCCCUGAACAGCAAUAGUGCCACGGCCUCUCUGAAGAGAACCUCCCCUCGACACAGACCCCGGGACCGGGACCGGGACUCCUCCAAUGACACCGAUCAGCCCCUCAGUUAUACGUUGGACAGAGAUGUCAAGAAACAUCUGACCACGACAGACUUCUCUAGCACUGUCUCGCCCUACCGUCUUCCUGUCAUUAACAACUAUGUGACCCCCGUGCCGCCCCUCACAAAGAAGAAUGAAAGAGGGCCGAGAGCGAACGGCACACUCAGGGGUCGAAAGUUAAGACCCACUACGGCACCGAUAGCUGCUACAGAGCCAUCUUCUCUCCAGAGGACUUCAGCCCAGAGUAAAGUGUUAGUAAGCAUGGUGUACUUUGGGAAGAGUGUUCACCUGUCCCAUGAUCUGAUGGACCUCAGAGACGAGGUGAAGGUCUUUCAGCAGCACUGUGGAGGAGAGAACCUGUGUGUCUACAAAGGGAAGCUGAGAGAGGGAGAAGUGUUCCAGUUUGUGUCAAGACGUCACCAAGGAUUUCCCUUCAGUCUUACAUUCAUCCUGAAUGGCCUGCAAGUGGAUCGGCUCAGCUCCUGCUGUGAGUUUAAACACAGGAAAGGCUCUCGGCUGGGGGGCAGACACGGACACUUCGGAUUUUGCGGUGUGGAGGGAGCCUCUCCAUGCUACAAGUGUAUUAUUGCCAUGGGCUUGGACAAAAAACCCACCCCUCCUCAAAAAAGAAUGAAAGAGGAGCUGCCAACCUCUAAAUCCCCUGAUGCUAAGGAGGCCACAGAUGUAGAUGAGGACAUAGAGACACAGUCUAAUGCAGAGCUGGACACGCCUCAGGAAAUGGAGACAGAACCUAAUCGAGAAACAAGAGGACAGAAAAAGACCAAAGAUGACUAUGAGGAAGACUUUGAGGCAGAUGAUGAAGGGCCAGUUGAAGAUGGUGAUGAAGCAGAGGAAAAGCUAGCUUCUGCUGCCACUGGGGAAGAAAAAGAAACUGAGACCAGGGAUGAAAAUGACAUAAAUGAAGAGAAAAGCAACUCUGACAGCGAUGACACCAAUAUGUCCAAGGUCAAAAGGUCAUCAUCUGUCUCAUCUGGUCGAACAUCAAGCUUGUCCAGCAAUGACAAUGACAACAGUGAAAGAGAUAUUGUGGAGGACACCAAAGAAAUCACCACUGCUGAUGUUCCAGAGGAGAGCUUACAUGCAGAGGAAGUUCUCACCACAGCUGAGACCAAACCGGAGGAGACAGAGGCCACAGAGUCCAGCGAUGUUACAUUGCCUCAAGCUGCAGUGGAAGAUUCUGGGACACAGGAUAGUCCAGUGGAUGGCAUGGAGAAGAGCAACCUGGAAAUGUCAGAAGACACAGACAAGAAAGAGGGAACUGAAGAUGAGCAAUCUGGGGAGCAUGCCAAACCUGAAGAUAAGCCACAAGAAAAUCAACCGGAGAGAGGUGAGUGUCUGCAUGAAAACUAGUGCUGUGUGCCUGUCAUGAUCGAACCUGGUGUGUUUAUUCAUGUUGGCUUUUACAACAUCAGACCUGGAGGGUCUUUAUUUUUUAGCUAUUUGAUUUUCUACUUUCAGCUUUGAUUGCUGCAAGUUAAACAAAGUGUUUAGUUACUUCACACAGCAUUUAUAAUUAACGCUUUAGUGUCAUUUGUUGGAUACUUUCUCCUAUCCCAGCUUAAUAAGCAGAGACAUCUGUUUUUACAUUUUUUUGUGUGUCGGCACAGAAAUGACACAUUUCAGCUUUCAUUAAUUAGCAUCUUUUAUUACCCUAUUACUACCUGAAAUACUUUACUUACAUUUACCUGAGGAGAGCAUGAUAACAUGUUUUUUGCAUGUACAUGACCUCACUAAUUACUCGAGUUCUGAUUGUGUUAAAAGCAGAACAUAUGUUACUCACUUUUCUGUGUAAUUGUCAAGGCCACUGAGAGCCCAGUUUGUUUAACUCUAGGUGGUCUUGCAAACAUCAUUGUAUUGAUUGGUUUGUGUUAUCAAAUGUGUUUUUAAUUGCAUGUUAUUUGUUUCCGUAAGCAUACUGCUCAGUAUAAACCAAUCUGUCUUGACUCUUACAAUCCAUCAAGGUUUAGACUCUUUUUUGAGUUAUAUUUUGUAUAUAUGACAAGUGCACUGCGAAACAAUCUAUAAAGUGUAGUAUGCAUUACAUGUUGGCUGUUGUGGAUUUGCUAAUGUAAUUGUUGGGAAUAGAGAGCAGUGUUUUCUAUUUGUGAUUUUGUGUUAAGUUUCUGAUUUCAGUGUGUUUGAUUCAUAAUGUACAUCUAGCCAUUUUUGAUUUGUUUUCUGUAACACAUAAUUAAAUACACUGUUUGGCGUAAUUGGUUGUUGUGUAAAAUUCAUGUGUAUUCUCAUCAGAUAUGGUUAUGGAUCCUUUUUUGGCAACUGUCCAGUGUGAAAACAUUUAAGUGAUUUUUGGCUGCAUGCUGUGUUCCCAGUCUAAGUGUUUGCUGUGCUUGUGGUAAUGAACUUUUUGCAUUUCAUUUACACUAUUAUUUUUGUUUCAAUGCUUCUAGAUUUCAUUUCAAACUAUGUUUAAUAUUAAAUUCAUCCCACUUAUUA